AAACAAGCUUGGUAAUCACCAGAUAGAAAGGCUCCAGUGAGCUAAACAAAACAAAAAUAAGUUGUUUUCCAUGAUAAACUCCCUGAGUUCUGACUAACUGAACUCUUAGUAGAGAAAUGGAGCUCGCUGUUUAUACCGAAGUGCUAAUGGCCCCAAACAUGGCGCCCAGAGGUUGUUUUAUCCGCUCUGAAGUAUCACACUUCAUAGCAACAUUAUCAUGUGAACCCCCGUCUGACCACUGUCCUGAUCCCUGCCACGCCCGCACUUUCCAGCAGUUUACACAGUAACCAGAGCCAGAACAAACCCAGGAGCUAAAAAUACCACCAGUCAACAGUGCGGCUGCUGUGGGACGAGACAGGGGGCUUGGGAGGGUCUUUACAUGGCUGGAGGGACAGACAGCUGAGGACAGAACUCAGAGAGGAAUAAAAACAUCUAGACCAGCCUUUCUCUACUCUCUGAUUCCUUCUUUUUAUCCUUUUCUUGGACGUUUUUUUCUCUACGGAUGAACUUUGCCCUCAGGCCUCGUCCUCCAGCAGGCAGCUCGGGGCCCGGCGCCGGUAGAGGGGCCACCAUGGAGAACCUGGAGAAGCAGCUGAUCUGCCCCGUCUGCCUGGAGAUGUUCUCCAAGCCCGUGGUCAUCCUGCCCUGUCAGCACAACCUCUGCAGGAAGUGUGCCAACGACAUCUUCCAGUCAGCCAACCCUGUGUGGGCGUCCCGCACCUCCUCCAGCUCCUCCAGCUCCUCCUCCAUGGCCUCCAGCGGUGCUCGUUUCCGCUGCCCGUCGUGCCGCCAUGAGGUGGUGCUGGACCGCCACGGGGUCUACGGCCUGCAGAGGAACCUGCUGGUGGAGAACAUCAUCGACAUCUACAGGCAGCAGGAGUCCUCCAGGCUUGUGAACAUGAAGCCAGAGCAGCAGCAGCAGCAGCUGCUGUGUGAAGAACAUGAAGAGGAGAAGAUCAACAUCUACUGUCUGUCCUGUGAGACGCCGACCUGCUCCAUGUGCAAAGUGUUCGGGAAACACAAAGACUGUGACGUGGCGCCGCUCAGCAGCGUUUAUGUGAGACAGAAGAGCGACCUGAGCGACAGCAUCGCUCUGCUGGUUGCCAGUAACGACCACGUGCAGGCCGUCAUCUCUCAGAUGGAAGAAAUCUGCCACGUGGUCGAGGAGAACGGUCGGCGGCAGAGGGAGCAGCUGGCUCACAGCUUUGAGAGUCUGGCGGCCAUCUUGGAUGAGCGGAAGCAGGAGCUGGUGGGUCUGAUCAGCAAACAGCAGGACGACAAACUGAAACGUGUCCGCUCGCUCAUACGGCGGCACGGCGAGCAGCUGGAGACGGCCGUGACGCUGGUGGAGUCGGCCAUCCAGACCAUGGAGGAGCUGCACAUGCCUCUGUUCAUACAGAGCGCCCAGGACAUCCUGGAGAAGAUGGCGGUGACGUCCCGGGCCGGUCACAUGGAGCGUCCGGAGCUCGGUUAUGAGAGUUUGAGCCACUUCGACAUCGACACCGACGACCUCGCCGACAUGCUGAGAAACAUCGAGUUCUGCUCCGGUGUGGGAGACGAUGAAGAAGAAGAAGAUCCUGAAGAAGGUGGAGAAGAGUUGGACCUGGACUUGUCCUCCAGAUUUUGA